AUGCGAUUUAAUUUCAUUGUUGGAGUGGUCGUGCUUAUUCAGGUGAAAAUGUCCACUGAAUAUUUGGAACUGAGUGGUGUCUCCUAUGCGUACACUGAGAGAUUCCCUCUUCCUGUGGAGAGUGGUGCUGUGGACUAUAGGCACCCCAACAAGAGAUGGAGGCGGUGGCUGUCCUCACCAAGCCCACGUCCAGCUGAGGACCAAUACCAUGACCAAAACAAACCCGACUCAGAACGCUUCCCUGAAAUAGUAACUGAUGAAACUCGUGACAACACCUCCCAGAUUGAAAGAGACAUGGACCACAGCUACUAUGUAUCCAAAAUAUAUGGAGCUACAGAUCCUGCAGGCAAGCAUCUGUGGGUGAACAUCACACAGAUGGACAGAGGAAAAAUUCAUGGAGUCCUCUCCAACACUCACAGACAAGCUUCGAGAGUCAAUCUGUCCUUUGACUUUCCCUUUUAUGGACAUUCAUUGAGAGAGAUUACCAUUGCCACUGGUGGUUUCAUUUACACUGGAGAUGUGAUCCACAAGAUGCUGACGGCCACUCAAUACAUUGCCCCUCUUAUGGCCAACUUUGACCCUAGUGUGUCCAGGAACUCAACUGUCAUUUACUUUGAUACUGGCACAGCUCUGGUGGUGCAGUGGGACCAUGUGUAUCUCCAAGAUGGUUUUGACUUAGGAAGUUUCACUUUCCAAGUCUCACUGCACAGCGAUGGCAGGAUUGUCUUUGCCUACAAGGAGAUUCCCAUUGACAUCAAUCAGAUCAGCUCAGUGAACCACCCAGUCAAAGUUGGGCUUUCUGAUGCAUUUGUGGUGCUUCAUAAGAUUCAGCAGAUACCCAACGUGCGAAGAAGAACGAUCUAUGAGUACCAUCGGGUAGAUCUUCCCAAAACCAAGAUCACCAGCUCAACUGCUGUGGAGCUGUUACCUUUACCCACUUGCCAUCAGUUCACAAGCUGUGAACAGUGUACAACAUCUCAAAUUGGUUUCAACUGUAGCUGGUGCAACCGCCUACAAAGGUGCUCCAGUGGUUUUGAUCGUAAUCGUCAGGGGUGGGUCGACAGUGGAUGCCCUGAUGAGACAACAGUCAUAGACAAAACCACCACAUCUACAUCAUCUCCUCCACCCACAAGUACCACUGCUACCAGCACCACCACCUCGAGAAUGUUCAGCACAAGUGCAGCCACCACCCACAUCCCCACCAGCAUCCCCACUGAAGAUGACACCAAGAUUGCACUUCACAUGAUUGAUGAAGGAUCCUCACUGUCUGAUGACUCAGAGGAACGAAGAGAGGAGCGGUUGCAAACUGGCCUCCUCAUCGGCAUCCUACUCACCACGGUCCUCAUGGUGUCUGCUGUACUGGUCUCUGUGUACAUGUACACACACCCUACCUCCAGUGUCAGCCUCUUCUUUAUAGAGAGACGACCGGCUCGCUGGCCGACAAUGAAGUUUCGUAGGGGUUCAGGACACCCUGCCUACGCGGAUGUGGAGUCAAUGAGUCGGGAUAAAGAGGGUUUCAUUGUUAUGGACUCAAAAGACAGUUUCGUUUUGUCAGACCACAGAGACAGCUUCAUAGUGACAGACCAAAAGGAUGGUUUCAUUGUACCUGACCAGAGAGAACGCUUUCUCGUCAUGGAGCGCUGCUGA